AUGCCUGGCAGCACAGGAAGUGGCGCCUCAAGCCCAGAGCGCUUCUCAUCUGGAUCGGACUUUGGUGAGGUUGAUACGCCCUUCACCGAACGAUCACUGCUUUUCGACGACAUCGACCUCGAUCUUGUUCAAAAGUCGGUCAAUGCUCCAUACAUUCUUGUGGUCGGUGGUUGUGGCUUCAUCGGCUCCCACACAGUCUGGGAGCUUGCAAAGGCCGGGUAUAAUGUCGUAGUCAUCGACAACCUCAGCAAUGCCUUCAGCUCCGUCUUCGAUAGGAUUGAAGCGAUGGUGUCGAAUCACUACGAGAAGACACCAGAGCGCCGGCCGUGUCUGAAGCUGUAUCAAGCCGACUAUAGAGACAGCAAAGCAAUGACAGCGAUUUUGGACGAGUACGAAAUUCCAGCUCCUUUUGUACUGAGUCCAGCAGAAUCGGAUCUUCGAAAGCGCUCCAACAUCACCGGAGUAAUCCAUUUCGCAGCCUACAAGGCUGUGGGAGAAAGCAUUAAGCAGCCUCUGAAGUAUUAUGCCAACAACGUCGGAGGCAUGAUCGAUUUCUGCAGUUUACUAGGCGAAUACGGAAUCAAGAACUUCGUAUUCUCAUCCUCUGCUACCGUCUACGGCACCGUCGCAGAUAUCGGAAUUCCAUUGCGCGAAGAGUACUGCAGUCAACAAACGACAAAUUUCGUUGACGAUGAUGGCGAAUCAAAAGUAAUCCAUUCGGGUAGCUCUGGACUGACAAAUCCGUACGGACGAACCAAAUGGAUGUGCGAAGCUAUCCUGAGUGAUUUGGCCUAUGCAGACCCAGAAUGGACCAUCACAGCGCUUCGAUACUUCAAUCCAAUCGGCUGUGACGAAUCAGGGCUUCUGGGAGAGGAUCCUCGAGAUGCUGCAACCAAUCUCAUGCCCGUCGUGCUAAGGGUCAUCACCGGCGCCUUGCCCGUUCUGAGCAUCUAUGGUGAUGAUUAUGACACGCCUGACGGAACGGCUGUGAGAGAUUAUAUUCACGUUACCGAUCUUGCCAAAGGACAUUUGGCCGCGCUCAAGUCCCGAGCGGACCGGGGAGACCACGGUUUCCGAGUAUAUAAUCUUGGAAGUGGUCGUGGAUCCUCGGUGCUGGAAGUCGUUGACGCCAUGGAGCAGGUUUGCGGGCGAAAAAUCCCAACUCGGAUUGUGGGUAGAAGAGAAGGAGACGUCGGUUCAUGCGUAGCUAAGGCACGAAGAGCCGAGGAGGAGUUGGGAUGGCGGACUGAGAAGACGUUGGAGAUGUGUUGUCGGGACGUGUGGCAUUAUCUUUCGGGCGCGGCAUUGGUGUCUUUAUAA